AUGCGACAACUGUCGCCGCCGCAAAAUAAAAUGUUCCUGUCAACUCCCAUGCGACAAAUGCCAACGGCUACUUCUUUCCUGCUCCUACAGCGAUGUCCUACGUCGCAAGGGCCCCAAAUAUCGCAUCCUGUACCCCCUACCCUCUAUCACCCUCUCUCAUCCCGAAAAGAUCCUCCCGAGCAUGUAUAUCCCGAGGACGCUGGCACCGGCGAGAUUCCGGACUACCACUUCAACUCGCCCAUAUCGCCUGAUUUUAUACUCACAGACUCGCAGUCUGCAGGCCAGGACUUUUCGGAUACGUUUCUCCAUCUGCCGCUCCCAGAACUCGUCUUGACUCCAGGCUCCACGGACUCAGCAAUCGAACCCGCAGUUGGUUAUAGCCAUGGAUAUGCAAGACCGGCGGCCCGCCGCCUCUCGCCACAGAUUCUUCUAUUCUAUGUCAAUGUCUACCUCAAAUACUUGUUCCCCGUCAUGCCGGUGGUCAGUGCGGAUCAGCUCCGGCUGGAUUGCAACCAGCCUGGGCAGCUGUCUGCGCAGCGGUAUGCGCUUUUGGCGUCCCUGUGUGCCGCGACACAUAUCCAGUUGAAGCUGGACGGGGCCACACCUGUGCCAGAUCCUGCCCGUUUGCAGAGUAUGCGUAUUGGGGAUGGGCACUCGUUGAUGCCUGGGGAAGAGCUUCUUUCGGAGGCCGUGCGGGCGCGGCUAGAUUGUGAUGUUUUGGAAGAACUUAGCACAAAGGCACUUUUGACGUCGUUCUUUUUGUUUACCUCGUAUGGGAAUCUUGAUUGUCAGAAUCAUGCCUGGUUCUAUUUGUGCCAGGCUACCUCGUUUGCAUUUACCCUUGGGUUGCAUCGCGAGUCGGCGUAUGCAGAGUAUGAGGCCGAAGAAGCGGAGGAAAGGCGGCGUGUGUUCUGGCUCUUGUUUACCACAGAGAGAGGUUAUGCUCUCCAGAAAGCGAAACCGGUUAUGCUACGCAGCUCUAUUCACAAGCCUCGGGUCCUUUGCUCCAAAGAUCCUAUCCUGGCUUAUGGAUUCACCAAUCUGAUCAACGUCUUUGAGAAUCUCACCCCGUGCCUUUACGAUUGGAUUUCCGCCGGUGCCGGAGAUGGCAUCUUGGAGAAGCCGCCAAUUUCUGAAAUCCAAUCCAGCCUUUGCAAGGCUAUUUCUCUGGAAGGAGUUCUUGAGAUCCAGCGGGUUGACAUCUUGAUCACGCAACAGUGGCUGCAGACGAUGAUGUGGAAAUUGUCUAUGAGCCAUGCCACGCAGCCUGGUUCGCGUAAUGACCCAGUUUUGCCAUUUCACCUGCCAGUAAUGGUGGGUAAAUCCGUGAUGAGCGUGCUUGGAGCUGCAUCGCGAGGGGCUAUUGACGCACAUGGGAUUGUAAUGGAGCAAAAGCUCUUUGAUAUAGGAUCAUCUGUCGCUGAUGUGACAAGAUCGCUUGGACCAAAAGCUGUCCAUAGACUGACUGAGUCAACUAUUGACCCAAACGAGUUGCUGUGGGGUAUGCUUCACACGCUUUCUCAGAUUCGUGGCUCGCCCUCGUAUCUCUUCCCUGCACUACUGGAUCGUUGCAGAAAUGUGCUUGGGCUCGACUGCAAAAUCACCACGGGGAAUUUUCUUCCUAUGCUCGGUGCUGCUGUGCCGGAUAAGUUGGCUUCACGGUCUGGCCAGCGCAUCUGGGAUUACGCUGCCGGUGCCGAAAACAUUGAGAUACAUGAUCUCGAUAGCCAAACUGAGUCGUUUCCUCAUCCGCAUGUGCUGCAGGAACUGGGCUUUGAAGGCCGUCUUUUUGGAUGA